GGGGGUGCAAGGCUAACAAAAAUUGGGAACUCGAGGCUUCUUUUACCUUUUACAGCCUUGAAAUUAUUUGCUUCGCAACAAGUGGGGCGUCAUGUCCCCGGUCCCCCAAGAUGGCGUGGGCCUUGAUCAAUUAGUGAAGUCUGAACCAGCCAUUAAUUUAUAUCGCAUCCUGUUUAAAUUUUCCAUAGUUUGGAUCAAAAGCGUCGGGUGUUUUCAUUCAAGUGUGUAUAUGGAGUUCCUCCUCAAGCAACAAUAUAAUGAUCCGCGCUUUGAACUAUGACCCAGAUAUAGGAUAGCGGCUCUGUAGGCUGAUAUGAUGGGUGCAAAAGUUGGCACACAGCUUUUAUCCGCCCCCAUGUUUCUGAGGAAUGAUGAAUGAUAACGACCAAGUAAAGGGAAAGAUGAUAUCUGCUGUGCGCUAGUUUCUUUGUAUAGUUAUCAUGGGGAGUCUGAAGAGCCUGCAGUAUUUCCUAGGCAAAAUUUCUUGCUUCGAAUUGUUCUGAAGCAUUGCGCUACGGAAGCAGUGUGGUAUGAAGUAAUUUUCUUGCCUCAGGAUGAGUCACGAAAUGCUACGUAAUGCGGGGAUUAGCAAAAUACAGAUAGACAUGCUUUGUUUGCUGCUUAAUCCGAUUUAUAAAUGGAAAUCAUAGACAUUGAAUAAAAAUAGACCUUACGUAACGGAGGAAUUUUCUCGCUGAGCUACAUGGCAAAAUAUUUCUGUUUGAAAGACAGUCGAACAUUGCAUUCAACCGAAUUUUAUCAUGUAUUCAUCGCCGUGAACAGCAUUGAAAUACUUCCCUGAGUGACGUGAAAAAAAUUCGUGCUGUUUCACACCCAAGAAGUUUCAUUUGAAUUUAUUCCAACAAAACUAUUGGCUCAAAAAGAAGUUCAAAGACGAGAUGCCGACCGAAGGGCAAUUCGCCCUUGUAAACAGCUUACGAGAUAAAGAUUUUCAGAUAAAAUAGUAGGAUUUCACGAAAAGGCCCGAGGUUUUUUCCCUCAAAAACGUUAAGAAACUUUAGCAUUCCUUUUGUAAAACUAACUUUUUUCUUAGAGGUGCCUAGAAAUAGACUUACCAUUUGAAGUAUUCCCUGCAUUUACAGACUAGCACUAAGUGGAGAACUCAUUUUAGCAGAUUUUAUAAGCCUUAUUACCAAUAAAAUCACUAUCGCUUAUUCUAUUCCUAUUUCGAAGCGUUUUCUUGUAUUUUCUGGUGAGAACACUCAGGAAACUAACUGUAUUAUCAAUAAGCAGUUAAGAUUAUUUUGGAUUUACUUUCAGUCUCAGGUUUUUUAAGGUAUGAAUGAUAGAGGAAGUAUGGAAUGGAUGAUUGGGGAACGAUAAAGUUUACAUUCUUUUUAUAAGCUCCAACAAAUUGAACUUUGAAAAUAUUAGUCUGGAUUCUCCUUAAUUUUUUUGAAUUAAUACAGUAUAAGCAGUGUGAUUGCUAGCUUUCUCGCUCUAGGGAGGUGUUCAGGCCUCAUUUACCAACAAAGAAAGUGAGACAACCUUCAUUUGCCGACAGGUUUUGAAUAUUCAAUGAAAAAGCACCCACACAUGGCUAAAACUCCUCGUUUUUGAGAUAAAACGUUGUUCAAAAUUGCAUUUUAAAGUAGCUCAGCCUCAGAUUGUUCUUAGUUUGUUCUUAACUUUUGACCAAUUUACUGAUAAUAAAAUUUUGUUGACGGAAAUCUUGUUAACGUUGUGUUUGUUGUUUGUUUUAGUUUUAUUUGUUUCUACCUAGCACCCGGAGGUAGUUUUUAGGACACUGAGAAGCUUAUUCUAAUCGAGCAGUGUCCUGGUCCUUCCUCUCGAUGUGACCACACCUCGUGAUUCCUACGCCUGGAAUCACAGAGAGCUGGCGACUCUCCUCACUCUGGGUGAAAGUUUGGUCAUGCCAGGGACUCGAACCACGGAGCCUUGGGUAUAACGUGCAAUUCACUACAUAGAUGUCGAAUAUCGCAAGAAAUGCGUUUCUUAAAUCUCUUUAUGAAUUAUUUAUCUUUCAAAAUAAUGCACCUGCUAAACGAGUUCUAAGAUAAAACUCUCAAGGCCAGUUUCGACGUAAACAAAAGCGUAUUUAAACGCAGUCAAUUAAAACGACUCAUUCAUUGCAAACGGGAAAAAAUUAAUUUGCAUGUGAUCAGUUUCCAGCAUAGCUUUCUGGUUCCGGGAAACAAGAAUGAUAUAUUAAACAGAGUAAAAUUCCUUUUUGGUAAUCAAUUACUAUCGAACCUUGAAGUAUGUACAACGAUUUUGCAAUCUCAGACCAAGUACCAAAAUUUGUAACGAUGGUCGUGGAACAACUUUUGUCAGCCAUCAACAAACUGCUGCCAGAGCUGGAAAGGUUUCUUCGGAUCACCUUGACUAAUGAGCAACUUAGUGACAAAGCCAACACGCAGCGAGAAGAAUUUCUGGCAAAAUUAGAGGCUUUAAACAAACCUCCUAGGUUACCUCCUCGUCCCCCUGUAAACCAUGCAGGAUUCUCGGCUACCACGGACUACCUUUCUAAGCAAAGGGAAAUUUCUUGGAUGCAAAAUGAUCCCAAAAGGUCUGCCACUCCACCAGGAGCUCCAUACCGUAGUCGAAGGAGGCAGCCUAGCGACGAUAUCGGAGCUAUUGCCGCUAAUUUUCAUGAUGGAUCCAGUACUUCUGAAGACAGCAACCUCUUGUAUGCCAAAAUACCAAACGAGACUGGCAGUGACAAAUACGUUGAUAUUGAGGGCCUAGCAAGCAACAAUAAGCCGCCUGUUCCCGACCGAUCUCCUCGUGUAUCGCUCUUGAAACCGGCGGCAGAUGACCGUGAACCUAAGCGAAACUCUUGGAAAACCAAUACAAAUGAAAUCUUUUUACACAACCUUGAAAAUCCAACCCGUAGUGGACCUCUAACAAAUAUCCGAACAAAAACGCGACUUUGGUGUGUUCUAAAGAAGAAGAACCUGUACGUUUUCAGAGACAUCCAACAGCCAUGUGAUCACAUUAUCGAUGUUAUGAAUUAUGAUAUCCACGUGGAAUCGUCGACCUCUGCACAGUUUAGACUGAGCAAGCCUGGGUCGCCAUCUUUUUCUUUAGCUGCUGAAGAUAGCGAAGACCAUAGGCGCUGGGUUGAAGCUUUGGAGAAUUGUAAAUAUGUGGACAUUGACAGCGAAAUGCCCCCACGGAGCUCAGGGCAUGGAAAUAAUCUUAUAGAAGAUCCGGCCUAUGAAGAACCCCGUGACGUCAUUGAUAAGAUGAAAAAGAAUGAGAUGGAUGCUCCAAAAUCACCGAAUGAUUUAUAUGUUGACAUGAAUGGAAGUAAACGAAAGCCUUCAGAUGAUUAUGUUGAUCCAAGUCUUCAUACUCCUCCUCUAUACCAUAAACUCGCUGAUUUGGAAUAUGAUGCAGAAUUGCCACCGAUGCCGCUCUCGUCGGAUGAGGAGGUACGCGGAGAUGACGAUGCAAUUGUGGAAGAACCCCGCAAGUUCCCGCAGGAGCAAAGUUCUGACGGAAACAUAAGUGGAUCUUUCCAAUCGUAUUCUUCAUCAGAAGAUGAACCUCCUCCGUUGCCAAAAAUAAAGCCCCGUAGCUCAAGUGUGCCUCCAAGCUACAGUGUAAAUAACCAAAGCGUGAACAGCCUCGAACGGAAAAAAUCUUCUUCACUCGGGCGGAAACUUGAAAAGGACGCAUUUUUCAACGAUGCAACGGCAGUGCAUAUCGGGGUAUUACAUCAGCGAAGAUUUUUGGCUGUUGGGAAAAAGAGGUACUGCAAGGUCAAAAACGAGGUUAUGUAUGUAUACAGAAAUCCUGACAAUGACGAAAAGCCAGUUUUAGAAGUUGCAUUGCAUGAUGUGAAAGUCGAUCCUUGCGAGAAAGAAACAUGGAAGACCAAUUCAUUCAAGAUUGUCCAGCCGACCGGAGAGACUGUUUACUUUGCAGCAGAAACGAGAGAGGAGCUCAUCCAUUGGCUUAAAGUUCUAGUUCAAGAAGCUGACAAAACGAAGUUCUCUGGCAAGGACCCACAUAUGCGAUUCCCUAGCAAAAGCUUGUUAUAUCCCGGCGAUACUAUCGACAGUGCGAGCAACAGCUCUUUGGAAAGAAAAGAUGGCGCUGAAGACUCAGAAGAUACUUCUUUGGAUUCGGCUGCUACUGGCAGUGAAGCAAGUGAUGAAGAGACAUCGAAUUCCACCCGCAGAAAGUCUCUUAAAAAGCGAAAGCCUUUUGAGAAGUCUCCUUCGCAGAAAAAACGCGCCGAGAGAGACGUCGACCUUGAUGGAUAUUUGCACUUAGAACGAGCUGGAAAAUGGAUUCGCUUUUGGUGUAAGAUCAAGGCAAAAAUUCUGGAAAUCCACAGUUCGAAAUCAUCUAAAUCUGCUGAAAAUACAAUCGCCAUGGCGGAGUUAAAUAUAGUUACUCUUCCGAAGAAAGUCAUGGAAGAGACAAAUUAUUUCUUAUUCAAGUUGAUAUGGGCCGAAGAAUCUCUGCUAUUCUUAGCCAGAGAUAUGUUUGAAUGGAAAAAAUGGAAUGAGGCGCUGAAGAAAUUCACCAAAGGCAAAACUGAAAAUCUCGAACUGCAUCUUGGUCUGCCAAAUUUGCCAGCGCCACAUCGAAAAGACGAAAGGGAUGCCAGAUCAAAGAAAAAGAAACCGGUUAAGAACGGUCACUUGAAGCCCAUUGAUGUCGCAGAUACGCCACAAGAAAGAAAACAGUUUCGUGGAACGCUGAAACGGCUGAAAGACGAAGCGGAUAAUGCUGGAGUUGACGUUUUCUGCGAUGCACGCGAUGGCUUUUUCGUCCUAGCUAGUGACGCGUUGCUGGAGAAAAAGUUGAUGGAAGUACCAGUUCGCAAAAUCAAAUUGCACCAGAAGAAAUUAGUUGUUAAAGACGAUAGGUAUAUUUUUGAAAUUCAGGCAACAAAUGAUAGUCUGGCUCUUUUGGCAGUGAAAGAGGAGCGAGAGUUCAUUCAGUUGGUUGAAGUUUUGUGGCUCCUGAACGCCCAGGUCGAUGGUGAAAGGGGAACAAUCGCGAACACGCAUGUUAAUAAACUGAAAAAGCAAUACAAGCGUAGAUCAAUAGCAUUUGAUUCUGAAUUAAUAGCCCUUGAGACUGGUGAUCGAUCUGCCUUUUCCAAACAGCGUGAAAAUAUUAUAGGACGCCCGGAAAAAUCGAUAUCCGAUGAUGAACAUAAAAGAAAAACUUUAAAGACUCCCGUAAAAACGGACAGCAAGAGACCUAUGAAGACCUCAAGCUCUGGAAAACAGUCAGGGGGGUCGCGUAUGUCGUCCUUGUUUAAAAGUCUCCCAAGACUGCGUCAAAAGAAAUAUGAAUUCAAUGCAGGUGAUAGUGUUGAUGGAGUACCGAAAAUUCAGUUCAGUGGAAACGUCCAAGAAGUGAAAGCAAACGAAGAAGGUGCAGAGCAAUUACUGGACCGCCAUUGUAAAGUGUCCGGGAAAAUAUUUUAUGCGUAUGAGCCGGGCAGUGAAUAAAGCC